AUGCAGAAAAUACUCAAUAUCAUCUACUUUUUCCUCUUACAGUUCCUCAUCUGUUUGGCUCUCCUCUUCGCCGUUGCCCAGGCUAACCCCGGUUUGGUGGCUCCUUUAACAUACUCCGCUGCUGCCGUGCCCGCUUAUGCCUCCUACGCCGCCUCUCCCUACGUCGCCGCACCCUACGCCGCGUACUCGACCUAUGCCGCACCAGCUGUUGCUACCUACUCCCACGCUGCUUACUCUGCUCCAGCUGUGGCCGCUUACUCACACGUUGCUGCUCCAGCUGUCUACAGUGCUCCAGUUGCCGCAGUUGCUCCAGCUGUCUACAGCGCUCCUGUUGUGUCCACCCUAUUGAAGAAGAACAAUCAGUUCAAGAAUUUCCCUUUGAUGAAAUUCAAAGUAAUCGAACAUAAAGCGGAACAGGCCGGCUCCAACGUACAAACAUUCCUCAUCUGUUUGGCUCUCCUUUUCGCCGUUGCCCAGGCUAACCCCGGUUUGGUGGCUCCUUUGACAUAUUCCGCUGCUGCUGUUCCCGCUUAUGCCACCUACGCCGCCGCACCCUACGCUGCCGCACCCUACGCUGCGUACUCGACCUAUGCCGCACCAGCUGUUGCUACCUACUCCCACGCUGCUUACUCUGCUCCAGCUGUGGCCGCUUACUCACAUGUUGCUGCUCCAGCUGUCUACAGUGCUCCUGUUGCCCGUGUUGCUGCUGUUGCUCCAGUAGCUCCAGUCGCCUACACCGCCCCCGUUGUGUCCACUCUGUUGAAGAAGAAGUGA